AUGACUAAUCAAAUUUUCAACCGUCCACAGCCGUCGCAGCGACGUAAACAUCGCGGCGCCGGUGAGGUGGCAGGAGGCGCGGCAGCGGAAUGCACCGCCGUCUGUUGCUGUUGUCCCUGCGCGAUUCUCGAAUUCGUCGUAUUGGCUGUUUACAGAGUACCGGCUGGACUUUUCCGGAAGGCGUUGAAUCGGAGACGGCGUCGGAUAAUGAAAAACGGCGUUAGCGUUAGGAAGAGCCUGAACGUGAACGAUGUCGUUUUGUUGCAGCAGCAGAGAUCGAGUAGCGUCGCUGGGAAUGGUUUUAGAGUUGAUUCGAUUUCGUUGGAGGAGCGAUUCAAAGAUCGUUCGGCCGAUGAGAAAUCGGAGGAGGUUACGUUAGAGAAGGAGAUGUGGGCCCGGUUUGCGGGAACCGGCUUCUGGAGAAGCGAUUCUCAACGUCAACCAUGA